GAUUGAGGCCUGGAAGGAAGGGCGGGCUUGCCUGUCACCGGAAGCGGGAACACAGGCCGCGGAUGGAGAGGAUGGAGAGGAACGCGGGUGUCAGCCCCGGGCUGACGCGGGGACUGCCAAGUUGAUGUUGCUGUCUGUUAGAAGCUGGCCUGGCCAGGCCGGUGGGCAGCUGGGUAAUGAAGCUCGGACCUCAGGACGGGGUUCAGGGCUGGGGGUGUGCAUUUGGAAACAUUAGCGUAAGAGCCUGCAGGAGCCUGCGCGCCAGAGAGCAGGGGUAGGGACAGAGGUCUUGGGGCCUCUGGUGAUAAGGGGAGAAGAGGAACCAGGAAAAGAGAUAAUGAGGAAGCGCUCAGGAGGUGGGAAAAAAAUCUAGAGGGUGUGGUGUCUCUGAAGCCUAGUGAAAAGGAGCUUUGGGGCCACGAGAGUGAUCCACUGUGUCCUGCUGCCCCCCACCAGUGUCAGGAAUCAGUCUCCAGGUCUAAGCUGCUUGAAUAAAGACUGGACUGAUCAAGUCUACGAAGCGCCUUUUGAAAGCAAAAUCUCAACCACUUCUGCGGGAAGUUGGAUAGACAGAAACCCGUGGGUGAUCUGACUAUCAUGGAGCCUGAGGACUUUGAUUCCGAGGAAAAAGAGAUGUUAAGCUGGGAUAUUAAUGAUAUGAAGCUGCCACAGAACGUGAAAAAGACCGACUGGUUCCAGGAGUGGCCAGAUUCCUACGAGAAGCACAUCUACAGCUCAGAGGACAGGAAUGCGCAGCGGCACCUGAGCAGCUGGGCCAUGCGCAACACCAACAACCACAACUCGCGCAUCCUCAAGAAGUCCUGCCUGGGCGUGGUGGUGUGCAGCCGUGACUGCUCCGCUGAGGAGGGGCGCAAGAUCUACCUGAGACCGGCCAUCUGCGACAAAGCCCGGCAGAAGCAGCAGAGGAAACGCUGUCCCAACUGUGAUGGGCCUCUCAAGCUGAUUCCUUGCCGAGGCCAUGGGGGCUUCCCGGUCACCAACUUCUGGAGGCACGAUGGACGCUUCAUAUUUUUCCAGUCAAAGGGAGAACACGAUCAUCCCAAGCCAGAAACCAAGUUGGAAGCUGAGGCAAGAAGAGCAAUGAAGAGGGCACAGACGGCAUCCUCCUCUGUCUCCUUAAAGCUGAAGGGGAGCCCAGAGACAAAGUCUCUUCCAGGUGAAACACAAAGUUGGGGAAGUUUACCUUUAACUUGGUCUAUCCAGGAAGGCAUCCAAUUGCCUGGUAGUUACGGUGGACGUUUAAUAGCUAACACUCCCCAGCAGAAGUCACUGAAUGAUUCCUUAUUCUUCUCCAAGAGUUAUUGUUUGGGGGGAACCACUGAUCUGGUAGACCCUGCUUCUACCUUGGGCCCCACUAAACUCUAUGAGAAAUGCAAAUUGUCCAGUAGUUGGAUUUAUAAUAGUGGGGACCUGCUUCAUCCUGUUUCUGGAGUCUUCUCUGACUACGAUGAUCGGCAAACGUGGAAUAAAAACACUGCUUUGGGGAGAAAUUCUCUUAAUGACAAUCGUUGUCCCAAUUAUCCUUUUGCUUUGACCAGCUGGCCUUAUGAUUUCUCCCCUUCUCAGAACUCUUCAGAACCCUUUUCCCAGCAGAUUCCCGUGGAACCACCUGCAGCCGAAAGUAGCUGUCACCCACUAUGGCCAAAUCCAGGGGGUGAUCUUUACGAAGAGAAGGUGCAUGUGGAUUUUAACAGCUGCUACCCUUCCACCACAUGCCACUCACGUCAGGAAGACCCCUUUCUCCUCACCUAUACCCCCCACCCCCACCAUCAAUAUUCAUUGACAGGCAAGAGCAGCGAGUGGGAUUUUAAUGAAGAAAUGAGGGGCAUGGGUUUGGAUCACUACAACAAUGAGAUGCUUCUAAACCUCUGUCCUUUAAGAUGAUCCAAAUAGAAAUCCUUGGACACUACUAGCAGGAACGUAAUUUAGUGCAGACGCUGUGGGAAACAGUUACAGAGGUUCCUCAGAAAACUAAAAGUAGAACUACCAUGCGAUCCAGCUAUUUUCCUUGUAGGUGUGUAUCCACAGGAACUGAAAUCCUUAUCUCCUUAUCUCAAAGAGGCACCUGCACUCCCAUGUUCACUGCAACAUUAUUCACAAUAACCAAAGAACAGAAACAACCUAAGUGUCCAUCAACAGAUGAAUGGAUAAAGAAAAUAUGGUGUAUACACACACACACACACACACACACACACACACACAUUCAAUGGACUAUUAUUCAGCCACACAAAAGCGAGGAAAUCCUACCAUUUGGGACGACAUGGAUGGACCUUGAGGGCAUUAUGCUAAGUGAAAUCAGUCAGACAGAAAAAGACAAAUACUGUAUGAUCUCACUUACACGUGGAAUAUAAAAAAAUAAAUGCAGACUCCUAGAAACAGAUCAGAUUGGUGGUUGCCAGAGGUGGGGGAUGAGAGGUGGGGGGUAAAAUUCAGUGAAGGAGAUCAAAGGAUACAAACUUCCAGUUUUCAGAUAAACUAAGUUCUGGGGAUGUAAUGUACAACAUGAUGACUCUGGUUAAUAGUACCGUAUCGUUGUAUAUUGGAAAGCUGCUAAGAGAGUGGAUCUUAAGUGUUCUUAUCACAAGGGAAACAAUAUUUGUAACUAUGUGAAGCAAUGGAUAUUAAGUAAGCUUCUUGUGAAAAUUUGGCGGUAAUACAUAUAUCGGGUCAUUAUGUUGUACAUCUUAAACCUAUACAAUGUUAUAUGUUAAUUGUAUCUCAAUAAAACUGGAAGAAAAGAAAAAGGUGACCCAGAUUUUUUACAACCAUUCAAAAUAACUGUUUUAGUAAAUUGCUGAAAGAAUUUAUUUGGGAAAGAGUUUUCAAAAACAUAACCACACAUAAAUUGAAAUUAUGACAACAAGCAGAAGGCACAACUUCCUUCUUCACACAAGGAAUUUGGGUCCUCCUCCAUUCCAGUCUUCCCAUGCUUAGUGAGGAACUCGUCCCGUCUGUGGAAGGAAAUGGCCUCUGCUUUUUUUUCUCCCCCCACAUUACGUGGGGUUCUCGGCACCUCUGCUGCCUUAACUGUUACAUUUUCAUUGUCCUUGAAUCCUAUCAAACAGCAGAGAUGUGAAAAGCCCACCUACCUAGGAACUCACAUAUGCCUUCUUGAAAACUGAGGAUGAAGCAACAGAGAUUAAGGGUAAAAGAGCUUCGGAGGUGUAGAAAGAUGAAGAUUCUACCACUGAGGUAUUUAAUGCUUUGUCUAGUAUUGUGGGAUUCGUUCAUGAAAUAUGUGUUUUCUGGUUGAUUUCUAAGACUUGUCAAGACAAGGAGUAUGAACUAAUUGCAUCUAAGACCAUGAGCAGCAAGACUAAACAGCCACAGGAAGAAAAAUCCCCAUGGGGCCAAAUGGCCUCUUGCUCUUCUUUCCCCACUGCCUUCCCCUUCCGUGAAGGCUUAGAUUUUGUCUUAUUUACCUUUGUUUUUAUAGGGCCUAACCAGUGCCAAGUUCAUGA